UCCCACAACAACAACAACGGCUGCUGCUUAUGGAAGCUGAAUUUCAAUUGGCUGUUAGUAGUUUAUCUGUUAUUGGCUGGAGACUGCAAGGAAGGAGGUUCCAAAGAGAAGGGAGGGGUGGGGAAAUGUUCUUGGUUUCUAUGGCAGAAAGGAAAAGCUGGAUUUCUUGGCAUAUACCACUUGGGGGCAGCAUCUGCUCUUUUAAAACAUGGCCCAAAAAUGGUGAAGCGUGUCAAAUGCUUUGCGGGGGCUUCUGCGGGUUCCCUGGUUGCCACUGUCCUUUUAACAGCUCCGGACAAAAUAAAGGAAAGCAAGGAAUUUCUCUAUGCAUUUUCUGAAGAUGUUAGAAAACAGAAAGUGGGCGCCAUGACACCAACAUAUGACUUUAUGAAAAAUUUAAGGGGAGGUAUUGAAUCUAUUCUUCCUGCCAAUGCUCAUGAAAUAGCGGAACAUCGUCUCUAUGUAUCAAUCACAAAUGCUAAAAGCAGAAAAAAUUGUUUGGUUUCACAUUUUGCAUCCAGAGAGGAGCUCAUUAAGGUACUUUUGGCAAGUAGCUAUGUGCCACUAUAUGCAGGUAUCAAAGCUAUAGAUUAUAAAGGAGAGAAAUGGUUUGAUGGAGGCUUCACUGAUAGCUUGCCUCUUUUACCCACUGGCCGAACCAUAACUGUGUCACCUUUUUCUGGUCGAAUAGACAUAUGCCCACAAGAUAAAACACACUGGGAUUUAUAUGUUACGUUUGCAAAGCACAGUUUAUUGCUAUCAGCAGCCAAUGUUAGAAGACUCAAUCAAGCAUUGUUCCCUCCAAGGCAAGAGAAAAUGGAAACAAUUUUCCAAGAUGGAUAUAAAGAUGCAGUGAACUUUCUGCAAUUAAAGAACUGGUACGAGCACUGCUAGCAGCUAAAUGAUUGUUGGUAAACUGAGCUAUAUGGUUUAUGCAUAUGCAUGAAAGUGCAUGUUUGCUGAUAUAAAUGUUCAUUAAUCAACUGCAAAUACAGUAACUGCAGUAACUUUGUAUUAUUGCUGCACAUGCCUGUGGUUGACACUGAAGUAAUGUUAAAGAAAAUAGGAGACGAUAUUCGAGAUGAACCUGCUAUAAUAAACACUUCUGUAGUGCAGUUAGAAUAAUGGAAUCAAUAUAUGAUUGCUGUGUUCUUUCUUCCUAUGUUGAGAUUCAGUGCAACUAUAUAUCAAUAAUAGG